AUGAACAAAUACGAYAACAACGGCCCGCCGUAUGGCGGAGAGCAGCAGUACGGUGGUGGAGAAUCGCAAGGAUACUACAAUGGAGGCCAGCAGGCACCCCCACAGCAGCCCUACCAGCAGUAUCAACAGCCCGGAUACGACCAACAACAACAAACACAACAAAUGCCACCGCCGCCUUCCUACGGUCAGCAAAACCACGGUGAUGGCAAGCCGACUUUCGAUCAGACCUUCAAGGUAGAGCGCCCCAAGUGGAAUGAUCUUUGGGCUGGUAUUUUGUUCAUUCUUGUGUCUCUCGGAUUCGUCGCAAUCAGCGGUUACUGCUUGUACUCCUACUCCCAAACCAGCGGCACCACCAAUGGCGGCUUCAAUGGCUCCAACAACGACUUUGGCUUGAACGGCAACACUCUGGUGCUUUUCGCAUUCGUUUUGGUCGCGUCGCUGGUCUUGGGCUACGGCUAUAUCUCUAUGGCGCGGUUGUUUACCAAGCAGUUCAUCUGGAUCAGCGGGAUCAUCAACAUCCUCAUGACUUUGGGGACGGCCAUUUACUACUUCUAUCGCCAUGCAUACGCGGGUGGUGUGAUCUUCCUCCUUUUCACCGUAUUUUCGGUCAUCUGCUUCAUCUCCUGGAUCAAGCGCAUUCCCUUUUCGGUUCUGAUUUUCCAGACGGUGGUCGACGCCUCCAGAUCAUAUGGCCACGUCUAUCUGGUGUCCUUCCUGGGAGGCCUCAUCGCAGCGGCUUUCGGUGCUUGGUUCGCCGCGACAAUGGUCGCCGUGUACGUCCGCUUCCAGCCUGGUAACAACCCCUCCUGCAGCACGACUGCUGGAGCAUCGGGAGACUGCAGCAAGGCUACCGUAAUUGGACUGAUGGUCUACAUCACCUUUGCCGGUUACUGGAUCACCGAGUGGCUCAAGAACACGAUCCACACGACCAUCUCCGGAGUCUAUGGUGCCUGGUACUUUGGUCCACGCAACCCGUCUACGGGUGCCACUCGUGGAGCAGCAAGACGCGCCCUCACAUACAGUUUCGGCUCGAUCUCUCUUGGAAGUUUGUUGGUCGCCAUCCUCGAUAUGCUCCGCCUUGCCUGCUCUGUCGCUCGCAACCAGAACGGAGGAACCGGCAACUUCAUGGCGGACUGUGCAUUCUGUAUCUUGCAGUGUAUCCUUGGACUCGUGCAGUGGGCGUUGGAAUUCGUCAAUCGAUACGCUUUCUCAUACAUCGCACUCUACGGAAAGAACUACUUUGCCUCCGCCAAGGAGACCUGGAGAAUGAUCAAGGACAGAGGAAUCGAUGCUCUCAUUAACGAGUGCCUAGUUGGCCCAGUUCUGUCCCUUGGAUGCAUGUUUGUUGCUGUAUCUUGCGCGCUGGUCGCCUAUAUUUACCUCGACGUUACGGACCCAGCCUACAACGAAGGUGGAGCUUUCACCGCCGUCAUCGUCAUCUACAGCUUUCUCAUCGGACUGCAAAUCGCCAGCUGCUUCGUUGUACCAAUAAAUUCCGGUGUGGACACGCUGUUCAUGGCAGCGGCAUGGGACCCACAGGUGCUGAUGCAGGAGCAUGGAGAUUUGUACCACAGAAUGGUCCAAGUCUACCCACACGUCCAGCAGGCAAUACACGCUUGA